UGCAUCCUGUCCCCUCCUGCUUGAUGCUGGUGGGUAAAGCACCGUGGCUGAAAACUUUGGGAAAAAUGGAAAAAGAUUCAGGCGUUAAGAGUUCAGCAAAGCAUCCACCCUCGAGAUAAGGACUAACAGCCAUGCCUCUGCGUGUUUUCUCCUUGAAGUAGUUUCCAGACUGACAAUGAGGCCGAAGGAGCAGAAAACAAGGAUUUUCACUCAAUUCCAUUGAAAGUAAAUUCCCCCAUGGAGGAAGGAGCCAGGAGGGAGUCAUGAGCACAGGUGUGAAGAAGCCUCCAUUAGCUCCCAAACCUAAACUCCCUGGUACCACCAAACCCUCUCCCCCGCCCAUCGCCCCCAAACCCGGUCUCCUCUCCCAGUCUUCCGUCGUCUCCCAACCGUCCCCUUCUACUCUCAAGAGGACUAAACCGGCUGUCGCACCAAAACCAUGCAUUCCAAAAUCUCCCCCCCCUGUUUCCCCACCACCACCCAAACCCAGCGGAGCCAUUAUCCUAUCUCAGGAACAACAGGAAGCUUUGGGAGAUAACCUUUCACUUCUCAAUUCAAGAAACGGGAUUUCAUCAGAGGAUGAGAGCAAAUGUGAGUCGGAUUACAUCAUUCCCACCUGCUCCUGUGGGCACGAGUGCAGGGGUCUGGAAAACGGGACUACAACUCAGAUUGGGAGUGAUUUGCACAAAGACGUGUUGCAGAAUGGGACUUCUACAGACGGACCGGAGGAGACGAGGACGCAAGAGAGAGGAGACGGCAAGGAGGAGGGGGCUGCUGUAGAGGAUAAGGGUGAAGGUGGAGGGAAGAGCAGGAAGCCGAGGGAUAAACCUCAAAGACAGAGAUACCUGGACAGGGUUUCAUUCAAGACUGAGGAGCAGAGAGAGGAGGCUUCAGAGACUGUUGAACAUCAGGAGAGUGCUGCUGCUGAGCCUGAUGUGUCUAAAGCAGAUGUACAAACUGAGGCCCACUUAACAGACUCUAUGUCAGUCUGUGAUGUUGCAGGCAGCAUCAUUUUCCCCUCGACUGUCCCUCCUUAUGAGUCUGAGGAAUCCAUUCAGACAGAGCACAGGGAGCCUCUCAGCACCACCAGGUUAGACCCUGAUCUGCAGGUCCCUGCCGCCCCCAGUAAGCCUCUCCCGGUCCCUCACCCACGGAAGUUUAAAAAGCCAACCCUGGUGAGGCAGGAUGGCGUAGAAGGCGGCGUCCAGGAUCAAACAUCAGAGGAGCAGAAACAGGGAGUUGAGGUUCAGGAGGCUGGGGGGAGUCUGGUUCGUCUGUCUCUUAGUCUAAUGGAGCUAAAGCGGGACUCGUGUGAGGACCUCUUACAACAAAAACACUCAGGUGAAGGAGACGAUGACACCAACGCUCCUGUCCCUCCUCCUCGACAGACCUCACUCUCCCCUCGUCUGCACAGGACACUCCACAUGCCCUCCUCCUUCCUGCACAAAAACACCUCUCACUCCUUAGACAUGCUCUCACAGCCUGAAGCAGUGAGCCAGAAAAGAGAGGGGGAGCAGCGAGUGGAGGAGGAAGAGGAGGACGGGUACGGGGACUUUGAGCGAUACCCAAUCACACACAGCCUCCCCAAGCAGAUCAAACUGGGCUGUCACCCUCCGCUGGUUCACACCAGGAAGGCCUUCUCCAACGAGGACCAGCCGUCACCGAGGGCACCGCCCAGAAAACCUCAGAGACACAGCAUGCCAGGUCCCCCUCCGCCCUCCAUCUGCCCCCCUGCACCUCCACAUGCCAACACCCCCAUGAGAGAGCUGCCCGCGCCCCCUCAGGAGAAGACGCCGUGGCGCUUCACCCGACCCUGUGUCACUUUCUUCAGCAGACAGGUUCCCACCAGGAGCAGCGUGCCGCCAAAGGGCCGGGCCCCCGCGCUCGGGAGCAAGCAGAGGGCGCAGUCCUUCUCUGCAGCAGACCUGGCAACCCGGGCGGACUCUCACAAGAGGAGCCUUUCUUUCAGGAAGCUUUUGGAGCUCCGGCUGUCGGUCAAGAUGCUGCCAAAGCUGCUGGCCAAGGGAGGCCAGUCUUUGGACUGUACCAGCGUGGAGGCACACCGGGGGGAGAGGAGCCUGGAGCGGCCUAAGAGCUGCAUAGGGGAGGCGGAUCUUUGUGAAGAAGGGGAAGACGAGUCAGUGGAGUAUGAGAAUGUACCUCUGUAUGAGGAGAUCCCGGAGUACAUGAACCUGCCGUUCCACAGCGGGAGGCUGGGCUGGCCUCAUGACUCUGAUGAUUCAGACAUCUAUGAAGUGCAAGAUCCCUAUCACAGAUACCAGGACCACGAGUAUGAGAGCGGCUGGCUGAGGCAGGACAUCCACUCGGAGGAGGAGGAGAUCCACAGCUCUGACGAGGAGGACAACAGCUCCACGUCCAGUAAGGAGCACCUGGACGAGGCGGACAGACAGCAGGAGGACGAGAUGAAGAGGAAGAAGGUGGUGCACAUCGCGCAGGAGAUUAUGAGCUCGGAGAAAGUGUUUGUUGACGUCCUCAAGCUUCUCCACAUAGACUUCAGGGACGCUGUUGCGAAGGCGACUCGGCAGAACGGGAAGCCCGUGGUGGACGAGAGGAUCCUCAAUCAGAUCCUGUACUACCUGCCGCAGCUCUACCAGCUCAACAGAGACCUGCUGAGGGAGCUGGAGGAGAGGGUGGCACACUGGACUGAUCACCAGAGGCUGUCGGACAUCUUCGUCCAGAAGGGUCCUUACCUGAAGAUGUACUCCACUUACAUCCGCCAGUUUGACAACAACGUGGCUCUGCUGGAUGAGCAGUGCAGGAAGAACGCUGCAUUUGCUGCUGUUGUCAGAGAGUUUGAGACGAGUCCGAGGUGUGCCAGCCUGGCUCUGAAACACUACCUGCUGAAACCCGUGCAGAGGAUCCCUCAGUACCAGCUGCUGCUCACCGAUUAUCUGAAAAACCUUCCCGAGGACUCCGAGGAUUACAAAGACACACAAGCCGCCCUCAGCAUCGUGAAAGAAGUGGCCAACCACGCUAAUGACAUCAUGAAACAAGGGGAUAACUUUCAGAAGCUGAUGCAGAUUCAGUACAGCCUCAACGGGCACCAUGAGAUCGUGCAGCCGGGCAGGGUGUUUCUGAAGGAGGGAACGCUCAUGAAGCUGUCCAGGAAAGUCAUGCAGCCGCGGAUGUUCUUUCUGUUCAAUGAUGCUCUCAUGUACACCACUCCCGUCCAGUCUGCCCAGUAUAAACUCAACAGUGUGCUCUCUCUGGCUGGGAUGAAGGUGAGUAAGCCGAGUCAGGAGGCGUACCAGAACGAGCUGAACAUCGAAAGCGUUGAGCGCUCUUUCAUCCUCUCUGCAAGCUCGGCCACAGAGAGAGACGAGUGGCUGGAGGCCAUCGCUAAGGCCAUCGACGACUACACCAAGAAGAAGAUCACCUUCAUAUCCAGCCGCAGUCAGGAGGAGGCGGAAGGAGUCGUCGACAGCGGGGCCCCGUUAGGCUCAAAGGCUCCCAUCUGGAUCCCCGACCUAAGAGCCACCAUGUGCAUGAUCUGCACCUGCGAGUUCACGCUCACCUGGAGGAGGCAUCACUGUCGCGCCUGUGGAAAGGUGGUGUGUCAGGCGUGCUCUGCCAACAAAUACUACCUGGAGUACUUAAAGAACCAGCCGGCACGAGUGUGUGACCACUGCUUCGCCAAGCUGCAGGAGAACAGUGACCGCUGUGCUUCAACUUCAGUCUCCCCUAUUAAAUCUGGAGCGUUCUCCUUCACCAGGAAACAGAAGAAGAUCCCCGCUGCACUCAAAGAGGUGUCUGCCAACACGGAGAACUCCUCCAUGAGCGGCUACUUAAACCGGUCAAAGGGCAACAAGAAGCAGUGGAAGAGGCUGUGGUUUGUCAUCAAGAAUAAAGUCCUGUACACGUACGCUGCCAGCGAGGAUGUGGCGGCGUUGGAGAGUCAGCCCUUGUUGGGUUUCUUCCUGCGGGAGGAGAAGAACGGUCCGGCGCAGAAGCUGCAGUUCAAGCUGUAUCACAAGAACACUUUGUUUUAUAUCUUCAAGGCUGAUGACAUCCCCACCGCACAGAGAUGGAUCGAGGCGUUCCAGGAGGCGAUGAUUCUCGAGCAGUGAGUCGGUCUGGCAGCAGUGAAGUCGUACCGCAGCCCCGGAGCCAGUUGUUAGAAACUUUUGACCCCUGAUGGAUCACAGGUCAGAGGUCACCAGCUCAGGAAGGACUCCGAUGGACUGUUUACUUUGAGCAGUGACCCUCUGCAGAGCGCCGCGUACUGUAACACGAUAAAAACAGACCGCUUGUCCCCCCCAGAAAGACCGGACUCUGUUUCCAAACAUACUCUCUAUCGUCGGUUAUUGAUGCUCAGACGAGCCGCCGGGGUCAGAGCUAAACUAAGCUGCGGGUCAAAGGUCAAGUCCUGAAGCAUGUGCGAGGAAGUGAGACAGAACAGUUGUCAGGGACUUUUAAAGCCCUGGAAGGGUCGGGGAAUUUCUUUGAAUUCCAAACAGAUGAAGAAGUUUCUUUAAAGUAAAACAAGCCGUGGUGUUUGAAUCGGAAACACUCGAUAAUCUAAAGAUCGGAUUAAAAAUCCCUCCGUAAUCUUAAAGGAAACGAAGGCGGAGUUUAAAGACGACUUCUGCAGAGAACCAGGAAGUUAACGCUCUGCUCUCUAGCUUGAUCUCUCUGGUUUAGAGAUUCACGCCCAUGUCUUUAAACUUAACACACACACAUUUAACUCAUGGGGUUGAUCAGAUCCUGGAGAAAACUGGAAGUAUCCUGACUUUUGUAGAUAUUGUACGUUCAGUUUAUCGUGUGUUUGCCUUUCAAAUGGGUGUUAGUGCGUACAUGAGCGUGAGAGCGCAGCAUUGACCUUUUUAUAGCAAAGCCGAGAGCUAAUAUUUAUAAGAUAGGAAGAUUUAUGGUGUUGAAAGCACAGGUUGCCACUUAUUUUGGGAGUCAGGGUUUGUUAGGAAAUAUAUUUCCAUCCAUCCAAGUUUUUUUAUGAGCGAUGACGACAAUAAGGAACUACUUUUAUGGACGUGCUCGUUAUGGAAACAUGGUGCUUUUUUUCGCUGACACUUUGCUUCAUGAGGAAUGUUAUAGAUGCUGUGUUUCUCUGUAGUCAGGACUGCUCACUGUAUCCAGGGUACUGUGAGUAUGUAGUUUUAAAAACACUCAUUUUGUAUCCGCCUCUCGUCGGUUAGGUUGCUGUACAGUCUGUUGCACUAUCCUUAGGGAGGAUGAGUUUAAUCUUUCAGUUGAAGAAGCAGAAAUCAAGUGUUUUAGUGAAGGAUCUACACGGUUAAUACUGUCUUUGUUUUUAUCAGGCUGCUGGAGAUCAAUCUGCAGCAGCCUGGUUUUUAAAGUGCGAGUAAAGAGCUACCGAGCUACCGAGCAUGAGUUUUCCAGUGAUUGUACAUUAACAUUUUGUAAACAACUCUUUCAGAGUAAGAGUCUCUUAUAAACAUUAUUCUAAACUGUCAGGCAACAGUUUUUAAUAAAAAAAUAUACAAAUACA